UGCCAAUUCUAAUAUGGUAUCAGAGCGAAGAUCUUCUGCUGUUUUUCAUCUUUUGGAGACAUUCUGAUUGAUUCUUCUUCGAUUGGAUUUGAGUUUCUUUUUCUUUUGACUGAUAAUUUUCUGGGAAAAUUCUUCAAUUUCCUGGGAAAAUGUCUGAUAAUUCUUCGAUAACUCUAUCUGAUUCACACAAUAAUCCAUUUUACCUUGGGUCAAAUGAUCAGACGAAUCUCGUUCUGGUGUCGAAGAUUCUUACUGACCAUUCUGAUUUCAGUUCAUGGCAUCGUUCGAUGUCUAUGGCUUUGGAAGGUCGAAACAAGCUUGGUUUUGUGGAUGGAACAAUUGUCAAGCCUGCCGAUUCUGAUCCAAAUGCUGUAUUAUGGUCUCGGAACAACACGAUGGUGAGUUCCUGGAUUCUUCAUUCAGUAUCUGCCGAUAUUGCUUCUAGAUUGUUAUAUGUCAAGACAGCUAAAGGAAUGUGGGAUAAGAUUCUGAAAUGUUUUGAGCAGACGAGUGCUCCUCGACGUUUUAGUAUUAAACGUCGUAUGAAUGCUCUUAGACAAGGUUCUUUGAGUGUAGCUACAUUUUACAAUAGACUUGUUGCUCUUUGGGAAGAGAAGAAGGCGAUACAGUCAUCGCCUUACUGCAAGUGUGGCAAAUGCACAUGUGGUGUUGAUCAGAGGUGGAAUGAAUAUAAUGAGGAGGAUUUGGUUAUGGAUUUCCUGUUCGGUUUGAAUGACUCUUUUGAGAGCGUCAGAGAACAGAUUUUAUUGAUAGAGCCAUUGCCAGACCUAGAGAAAACUUAUCAUCUAGUUUCUCAACAAGAACAUCAGCGCUCUAUUCGCCUGUCAUCUCUGUCAGACAAUCCUAUACUCCACACCUCAGACUCUGCCACAAACAUUUCAGACUCUGUUGCAGCUGUUUCAGGAUAUCAUCAGAAGCAGAAGCAGAAACCUCUGUGUACUCAUUGUGGCAUGUAUGGUCACACAGUUAACAAGUGUUACAAACUUCAUGGAUAUCCACCUGGAUACAAGUUUAACUCCAAGACAUCAGAACCGAAGCAGCAGUUUGCAACUUCUAAAGUUGUCAAUUCUGCUAAAGGACCUGUUGCGAAUGUUCAAAAUGUUACAGGUACUAAGCCCCAAUCUAAUAUACCUGGUAACUCCUUAUUAUCUGCUGAACAUUUGAAGCAGUUGUAUAUGAUGCUUGGAGAACACUUGAAUGUGACCACUGCGGCACCGAAGAUUACCAGUGCUGGAGCUCCUGAGACCACAACAUAUUCUGGAUCAUACUCGGGAUUGGAUGAUUGGGAAGGCUGAUCUUCGUCACAAUCUCUACAUUCUGGAUCCUGCUUUUCAGCCGUCUCUCACUUCCAAUUUUUCUUCCUUUUUAUCUUCUUCAUUCUGUAAUGCUUUAGCGGUUGAUACCAAUUUGUGGCAUCAACGUUUAGGGCAUCCUUCUAUAACUAAAAUCAAGAAACUUUCUUCUAUACUCAAACUUUCCAAAUGUUCAGAUGAUGUAUCUCAUUGCAGCAUUUGUCAU